AUGGGCGGCCAACUCUCCAAGAUGAUGGGCAAGAUCUUUGGAUCCAAGGAGAUGCGACUCCUGAUGCUGGGUCUCGACGCCGCAGGAAAGACUACCAUCCUGUACAAGCUCAAGCUCGGACAGGAUGUCACUACCAUUCCUACUGUUGGCUUCAACGUCGAGACGGUUACGUACAAGAAUGUCAAGUUUAACGUCUGGGAUGUCGGUGGUCAGGACAAGAUUCGACCUCUGUGGAGGCACUACUUUAGCGGCACUCAGGGUUUGAUCUUUGUUAUCGACUCUUCUGAUCGGAACCGUAUGGACGAGGCGAGACAAGAACUGCAUCGCAUCAUCAAUGAUCGCGAGAUGAAGGACAGUCUACUACUCGUCUUUGCCAACAAGCAAGAUCUGGCAGAAGCCAUGAAACCUCAAGAAGUCACCGACGCUCUCCAGCUCACCAAGCUCAAGGACAAGGUCUGGUACGUGGUGCCCAGUUGCGCCACCACGGGAGAGGGUCUCCUCGAGGGUCUUGCUUGGCUUUCCAACAAUGUCAAGGCUCCUCCUGCCCCUGCCAAGAAGUAGAGGACGAUUGAUACUCGAUCUCUCUUUUAUUUUCCUUUGGCGGUAACUCUAUAUCUCGACGACUUUUCCCCCCUUUUCCGGCGCGAUACCUCCGAGGCUUCUAUAUCUCCGACAUGCGAUUCUCUCUCUACCUUCUUCCCUUCGAGCGUAUGGGGGACCGAUUCGUUCAUUCCGACACGAGCUGUAAUAGAUCUAUGCGCGUUUUGGAAAGGAAGAUGUUGGUCUUCAUCCCAUACGCUCGGUGGACACCCGCACCUCCCGCCUCGAGAGAGAAAUACAAAUCCUUCCCCAACGCGCCUCAACCCAAACCUUUUCUCAACAACUCAAACUCGCCGCCCGCCGCCGCCGAAAUUUGCCGAAAUACCCGACGUUUUUAUCUUGCUUUUUUUGUCUUUUUUCUUUUUCUAACUGCCUGUUUUUUACCCGCUAGAGAUCCGUGGAGGUUGGAAUUGAGGAUGAGAGGAAGGAUGAUGGCAGGAUGAAAGGGGGUUAGAUGAAUCGAAAGGACUGGACAAAGGGAACAAGACAGAAAGCAGGCAGCUAAUGAGAGGCACGGCGUCCUCUUUUCUUAUUUAUUUUUUGUUGUCAAUCUUUGUUGUCAGUCUGUUUUUGCGUAUUUGCAUGCAAUCGCUGUUGUUGUUAUUGGUAAAGAUAAUUUUUGUCAUUUUAUG